UAAUGGAAUUUUUAGGGAUAGAAAACUUGCAAAUGCGUACUGACGCCCAUAGAGAACACCUCUCGUGCAAAGGAGAAACAACAAUACCGUAAAACAAUACCAUAAAUCGAUCAAGGGAAUAAAAAUAAACGUUCGAGGAAAUACUAGUGCGCUCAAAUGCGUCGUUUGGACACCCUUCACUGGGUGUAGUAGGAUGGGAACAAGCCUUUACCCAGACGAGGAUAUCCAAGGAAUAUCACGCAUAAUGAUGAAGAAAGACAUGAGUUUGAACCUAGACGACCAGAACAGCUCGAACCUCAAGCCAGAUUUGAGAGAUGCCGAGGGAAUUCUCAAUUCACCCGAUUUGGGGCUCCUAAAACUGGCUUCUCCGGAGCUGGAAAGGCUGAUUAUCCAGUCUAACGGGAUGGUGACCACCACGCCGACCUCGCAGUUCGUCUACCCGAAGUCGGUGAGCGACGAGCAGGAGUUCGCGGAGGGAUUCGUCAAAGCCCUGGAGGACCUUCACAAGCAGAACCAGCUGAACGGCGGACCGUGUGUUCCACCGACGCUUAGCCGACUCACAAGCAGCUCUAACCUCGCCUUGCCCACGGACCUGCCCGUGUACACGAACUUAAACGCGUACGGAAGUACAACGGUGAACUAUUCAACGGACACGAUUCCGUUCCCUCCGCCGCCGCCCGCGCACCCAAUGGCGACGCAACAACCGCAAAAGGACGAACCGCAAACCGUUCCGGACAUGCAAAGCUUCGGGGACAGUCCUCCGCUCUCCCCCAUCGACAUGGACACGCAAGAGCGCAUAAAGGCCGAGAGAAAAAAGCUGCGCAACCGGAUCGCCGCCUCGAAAUGCCGCAAGAGGAAACUCGAGCGGAUUUCCCGGUUGGAAGACAAAGUGAAAUCUCUGAAGAACCAGAACACGGAGCUCGCGUCCACGGCGAGCGUGCUGAGAGAGCAAGUGGCGCAGUUAAAACAGAGAGUGAUGAACCACGUCAACAACGGCUGUCAGUUGCUGCCUAAUCAAGUUCAAGCUUAUUAAAAAAGAAAAUGACAGUUGGGAACUUCAUUGGGACUAACUAACGUUACUUCGUCAUAACUGCGGACAGCUCUGUCGCUCAGUCACGUGAUACAAUCAUCUUGUCAGUUAAAAUCCUCCACAUUCAAUUUUUAUUUAGUUUCCUAGCGUUUUGGAGAGAAACGUAACUUUAUGUCGUGGGUCUUUUUCAUGUGUUCGCAAUUUGCAUAAUGAUGCAUUUUAAAGGUUCAUGACCAAACGUAUCCUUUACAAAUGUUCACAAUGUUGUUGCAGAUUAAAUAUAAUGUGGAUAACAUUGAAUACAUGUAUUUUCAUCAGGUUAGAUACCGGUCAAACCCGCACACCCGCCAUGUUUGUAGUUUUUGUAACACUUUUUAUUGGCGUUUGUAGUUCUAAUCGAAUCCUUGUCCAACGCGGCAAUAUUAGCCGUUAGUGUGCAUUUUCAACAUACUAUGAUUUGGGACACGUUAAUUCUAAUUUCGAUUUUAAUUUAAACUACUAUUUACGGCGGAUAGUAUGCACAUUUUAUUUAAAUUAAGCUGUUAUUUUAUUAAGCUAAUUCACAAAGAGUCAUGCUUUGUUAUACAAUGAAACUAGCGAUUGUGCGCAGUGAUACGACACUUCUUGUCGGUGUCAUAUUACAGCGAGUAAUCAAUCUUCACCCAGGACUGGAAAUAUAUCUAAUUAUAUCUGUUUGAUUGGACAAGCAGUAUAACGUUUUUCUAAAAUGUCACUGGAAAGUUCGCUCCAAGUAUCCGCCACAUGUGUGCUGUUUUGGUUUCUUUUGGAGCUAUUUUUCGUUGCUUUUAUUGUAAUUAUGUAUAUUAUUUUCCGUCAUAAAUAGCCAUCAUUCCGCCAAAAGAUAUAGUCCCUGAUAUGACAGAAUGUUGCAAUGCAACGAAACUAAGGAUUGUGCGAUUGUAUGCUGUUUUGCAUCAUAUUUUAGCGAUUGAUCAAUCAUCCAGGACCGGAAUUAUAUCUUUUUUUUUUUUUUUUUACUUCAUAUCUAUUUUUGAUUGGACAAGCAGCGUUCCUAAAAAUUUCCUAAAACAUAACUUGAAAGUUCCCUCUUUGUAUCAGUCCACUGUCAGUCUGUGCGUUGCUUAGCAACACGAUUGUGUUUUGGUUUCUUUUGGAACUAAUUUCGGUGCUUUGAUAUUUUAUUAAAUUGUUAUUA